AUGGAUAUUGUCGCAUCAGUGAUCGCUCCUUCCGCUGCAAGUGUGAAUUCUACAACAGCACCACAAAUAUUAGCAUUCAAAGGCCAGGCAGAAAAUGUAUUACGUGGAAUGGAUCCAUCAGACGAUUUACCGUUAAUGUGUACUAAAAAGUGUAUACCGUGUCAUCGUUGUGGCUCGUCUAUGAAGUUCUUCAUGCGCCGAGUAAAAUACUUAAAUACUGUAAAAGAAUAUCCAGCUUAUCGUUGUAUGAAAAAGAAAUGCCAAACGUUUCGAUCUCCACGUACAUUAGCACGUGAGUGUAAUAUGCUAUUACGCCAAGGUUUUGGUGACGGAAGAUUGAUGAGCGUUACACCAACUACCAAUGCAACUCGACAACUUAAAGAGGCAUUUCCAGAUCAUUUUAAUAAGCAAGAAAUUGAUAAUCUACAACGAUUUCCCAUAAAUUUCAAGGAUGACUACGAUGCUUUCCCAUAUGAUCAAACUCUGUUAGCUCAUACAACUAACAGCAGCGCUGUUCGUGAGAGAGAAGCUUGGUACGCUUUAAAAAAUGCUAAAAGAUCAUUAGAUCUUCUCGCGCAGGCCGGUGAUGGACUUUCAUUACGGUUAUUUCGUGUCAUUGGCGAUAUCCACAGUAUGGCAGUUCAUUUCAGAGAGUUUGUAAACAGAGAUGAACCAAUAAAUGGCAUAUUAUCAUGCAGUGAUAGAGUGAUGGAAACAAGCGUAAUGCAUGAAGCUGAAGAAGAAAGUUAUGAUAGGUCAUUCUCAAUGAAACGAUCCAGUGAAACAAAUGAUUUUGCUUCACAAGCACAAGGAGGAGAUUCGAGAUCAUCGUUUGAUACAGAACUGAAAUCUGAUACAAGCAGUGUUGACACAUCCAUUUCAAUGAAAAUGCCAUCAUCUGCAUCAGUUUUAUCUCCAAACAUAACGCAAGUUCAACCAUUACGUUGGAUCAACAUAUCCCGUCAUUCACCGUCUUUUAGCGUGAAAAUGGUGGACAGUAAUGAAAAAGUGUACAGUACAUGUUCAGUAACAAGACGAACAGCUGAUCAAGAAAAGCAUACGGUCGCUGAGCAAGCAGGCACUGCUGUCUAUGAAUCUUAUUCGAAUGGUACAAAUGGUAAUAAUACGCAUGAAACUGCAAUGUCGACCAACCACAUUGCAAAGCAAUCAGCAUCAAUCUCCAACGUUAUGUAUGAUGAAGCAUCAACAAGCUAUAACUAUACUGUAGCACCAGAUAUUUCUAUUACGGAAUCAAAUAUACAAGGAAAUACAAAUGGCAAUAAUGUAGAAAGCAGAAAAAAUGAAGAGCCAGUAUCUAUUUAUGUACGGCCAAGUGAAUUGUGCUUUGACGAUGUCGCUGAUGGAGGCGAAAUACUUAGCGAAUUUUUCAUGCCUUCACCUUCAAAUUUUCAUGUGACAAAAUGCGAUACGAAUUGCGAUAUUAAUACAACUGUUUAUGAUCUCGCCAUGUUCGAAUAUGCAACCAAUAGUAUCGUUUUCGCAGCCUUGGAGUUUUAG